UCCAAAUUAAAAGGUGAUCCCAAGCGCACAACUGUGAAUCCCACAAUCCUAAGUCCCCCAGCCGCGCGACCGAGUCCCAAAAUCGCUCGUCGAAUGGCGCCCAACCAGCACGACCUCGAGCGGAUUCGCCAGCAGAUCGUGUUGGCCAACAUCCAGGAGCUGAUCCAGAAGAUGACGCGUCGCUGCUUCGACGUAUGCAUCGCCAUGCCGGGACUGGAGUUGCGCUCCACGGAGCACGAUUGCCUGGCCAACUGUAUGGAUCGGUUCAUGGACUCGGUGCAGGUGGUGUCGUGCCAGUACUUCCGACGCCGGCGUCGCCAUCAGCAAAUCCGUUUGGCCCGCUCCUCCCCCGCAGCCACAUCCGCAUCUACAUCCACAUCCAUACCUAAAUCCCCAGCAACCAGCGCAUCUGAACCCGCACCUAGUGCCUCCAAUGAGGAAAAGGUCAAAUGAGGCUUACAGCUAGACAGAUGUCCAUGUGUGGAGUUCAUAGCAAGCCCAAAACGAAGGCAAACCCAGAUCCCCAGUGCACCUGGCUGAUGGCCACUUGUCCUUGAUGGUCCCUGAAGCUUUCGAGGAUGAUUUAAUACUUGGCGGCCUUUUGGGAGGGCGAGAAUGGGUCGUCUAACUGGAAAUGAAAGUGGAUUCUCUACAGGAGUGGCCGUCGAUGAUGUCUUCGCGUUGGUUCCUAACAAAUCCUAGUAGUGUCUGUGCUAAAUGCCGAUGCGCAGCAAAUAAAGAUGUCCUUUAUGUCCUCAAA